UAUUAGAAAUAGAUAAUUAUGAAUCGAACUUAAUCCAUCAUCCAUCAUCAUGCAAUGUAAAAGAAUAGCGAAAAAUGAACUUGUGUAAUUUGGGUGAAGUAGCGCGUUUCUUUUAUUUGAUGUUUGGAAUAACGAGUUGUUUUGUUCAAAUAUUUUGGAAAAAAUUAAUGUUGUGUUUGUAAAUAUAAAUUUUAAAUUUUAGAUUUAAAUUUAAAUAAAAAUUAAAAAAUUUAAUAUAACUUAAUUCAAAUUAAGUUAUAUAAGUUAGUUUAGUUUAAUCACGUUCAAUCAUGGAAAAGAAAAUAGCAUGACUCAUAUUUUUCAUAGAACAAAAAUGAGAUUAGUGUCCGUGUUAAUGUGAUGGAUCGGCUAACGUCCAAGAGGAAAUUAGGAUUGAUCCACCGCGUGAAAAAUUCAACUGGGUCAUCUUCUACUGCGAGGUUGUUGCAUGGAAGAGGGCAUGAACUUUCCGAAAAGCCAUCGAGGAAGAAGAAUGGUUGGAAAAUUAAUGUACUCUUCUUCUUCCUCUCGCUCUCAUGUAACAAGGAGAUUCAUCUUGGGUAGCAUUAGUAUGAGACAUAAUUUAAUUGAUUUCUGGAUGAUAGAUUUAAGUGGGUUUUAAAGGUUAUGUGUUGAGGUUCGGAUUUGAACCUGUUAGAUAUCUGCCACUUGUUUGGUCUCCUUUGAUUAAUUUUUCUAUUGCUAAAGUCUGUCUCAUACACUUUAUUUUCAAAUGCUGUGCUAUAUGAUUUGCCUAAAUUCCUAGAGUCACCUACUCUAUUGUCAAACUGGACAAGCUCUUGCUUAAUUUGCUUUGCAUGAUUGAUUUGGUUCUAUUAUUCUCAUGCUUGAGCUGGUGACCUACGGGUUCUCUUCUUAGCAGGGGUGUCGAGGAAUAUCCUUUGCACACCUAUCCGCACAACACGCGUAUAUCACGAGUGAUCUAAUGAUCAAUUACAUCACGAUUAUUGUAACUCUGCGAUUGGGAGCAUAGAUUUUGGUCUUGGAUUUAGAUUUGGGUGGACUCGGACCAAACUCAAUGCAAUUUUGUUUACAUUUGAUCUAAAUCCGCACAAACCCAAAUGCAAGACCUCUCCCAAACAUAGGGUAAGGUAAUUCUAUCACUCAUGAUAUUCAUGUCAUUCGAAUAUAUGUGCAAAUUUGGUUGUUUUUGUUAAAGAUUUCACAUUGUUAUUAUUGUUAUUUAAGUUUUUCUUGCAGUGUUUUCUGCAGUGAAAUUUUGUCAAAAGAUCUUCAAAAAGAAGGAAACAAACAAUGUCUAAAAUUGAUUUAAGCUUAUUUUAGCCCCACUGUGAUUGAUAAAGAUGAAUGCAAAGGGGCAGAUUUAGGUUAUUGCAAAAAUUGUGUGUCUCUCAUGAGAAAAAAAUAAGCUUUAGAAGCAGAAAGUUAACCUUGAGUGAUUCGAGAAAAAUUGUUGGAUACCUGAAAUUUUUUAAAAUGAUGAAAUAUAUAAUUUUAAGAAAUGCAAUCAAUGUGUGAAUGAUUUUGUAAUGUUAAAAAAAAAAAGAAUAAUUUGUUAGAAAAAAGUUCGAUUUUAUAAGUUUCGAACUUUUAAAAUUUUCCAAGAAAAAUUUAAAAAGCCAACUUUUUUUAAAAGCUGAAAAAAAUACUUCUGAAUAUCAUUCACAGACUUCUUUUUUUCGUAAUUUCAUUUAUUUAUUUCUAAUUGAGAAAGGCUCAAAGGACUGUCUGUCUGUAAGACAAUUUUAUGAUAAAGAUCACAGCAGAAGGGAUUUUGAAAAGUUACACAUCAGCUCCCUGAAAGCAUUUUAAUUGAGUUUGCAAAGAUCAAUAAGGUUUUCUACAUGAAUAAAAUGUGUAAACGUGUUGCUUGGAGUAAAUUUUCUUGUGCUGCUAGACUCUCAUCAUUUUGGCUGUGACUUUCAUGGCAAAUGAUUUUGUACAUGCUAUGUGGGCAUGCAUGUGUGCGUGUGCAAGCUCAUCUACCAUUUUUUGUUGUUUCAUUAGCAUUUCAUGCCAGGAACAAGAUGAAGGCAUGGUUGAGGAUGAAGAAUGCACGAGCAACAGUUGACACACCUUUGAUGAGAAAUGGUGGAAUGUUACUGAAGGAGUUGAUCUCAUCUUGUAAUGGAGAGUGCAAUCCUAUCCGUUGCUUCUCUGCUAAAGAGCUCCAAACAGCAACAAAUAACUACGACAAAAGUCGCAUUCUACUUGAUGACUGUGUUUAUAGAUUGUAUAAGGGCACUCUUGAAGAUGAGUACUCACAAGAAUGUUCUGAAGCUCUUAGGAUGCAGCCUAGAGACGGAAAUUCCCAUUCUAGUGUACGAAUUCACUGAGAGUAAUGGAACUUUGGCCGACACUCUCUAUGGAUCCAAUGAAAGAGGGUUGCCGCCUCUACCAUGGAAAUGUAGGUUAAAGGUCGCAAAGGACAUAGCACAUGCGUUUGCGUAUCUACACACGGGCUUUUCCAGACCCAUUAUCCAUAGGGAUGUUACACCUAACAUUUUUUUCUUGGAUCAACAGAAUGUUGCUAAGCUAUUUGAUUUAUCACUUUGUGUGUCCAUUCCUGACGGCGAAUCGCACAUACAAGUUUCUCGAAUUGUUGGAAGAAAAGGAUAUAUGGCACCGGAGUAUGCAAUGCACGGUCGUGCCAAUGAGAAAUCUGAUGUUUUUUCUUUUGGUAUGCUUCUACUUGAGAUUUUAAGUGGACAGAGCAUUUUUUGUCUGAACGAGAAGGAUGACAGUCCUAUGUGGGAACAUUCUGCUCGUGUGAAGCAUUAUAUCAAAAGCAAUGAGUUCAACAAGAUUGUGGAUCCAACCAUACUGACAGAGGCAGGAUGGCCAGAGAAAGAGCAACAAUUACAAGAUUUUAUUGCUCUUGCUUUUAGAUGCAUUAGUGAAACAGAAGACGAUAGGCCGACAAUGACUGAUGUAGCAAAACAACUUAGACAAAUUGAGCAGUCUGCAACUUGUUAGCUUAAACUAGUUCCACUAAACUUUGUUGUCAUUUACAAUCCUUAUGUUGGAUUUCUGGGCUUAGAUUAUGUUGUGCUAUUUGGAUAUAAGAAAAUCGAUUUUUUAUUUUAUUUUCUUUUUUUCUAGGGACUAUUUUGUACAGAUAUAUUUUUUUUUAUAACUUUUGUAAUGUUAUCACUAAUUUUGUGCAGCUCAUCCAGGUUUUCUGUAUGAUGGCUCAAAAAAUAAUGAUCCGUCUUGCUUGGCUUUCAA